AUGGCUACGCGUCGUCCCCCGUCGUCGCGCUCGAAGAAUAACAAUCAGGCCCCACCGCAGCCACCGCGCUCCCGUUCAGCCAUGGCCAAAACGUCGUCCCCAACAGAGAAUCCGUCACUACCUGUGCCAUCAACGUCAAGACCCCAGAAACCAGCGACAACCGUCCUGUCGAGGCAGAAAGAUGAUCCGGAAUCGAAUAUACAGGUUGUUUUACGGUGUCGGCGACGCUCAGAGCGCGAAGUCGAAAGCAAUAGUCCGAUCAUUGUUACUUCGAAUGGAGCCAAAAGUAACCAGGUGUCCAUUGAAACGACAGCUCCGACCUCCACUUUGGGUCUUGUUACUCUCCCACCUAUUCGCACGUACCCUUUCGAUCUCGUCUUCGGCCCUGAAGCAGACCAGGCAUUGAUAUACCAUGAAGUCGUUAGUCCAAUGUUGGAGCAGGUGUUGAUGGGGUAUAAUUGCACACUGUUUGCAUACGGUCAGACAGGGACCGGAAAAACCUACACGAUGCAUGGCGACUUGGUUCCUACGGCCAUGGGUAACCCCUCAGUGCAUGCUGGCAUGAUUCCACGCGUUCUCUUCCGACUAUUUCAUGCUCUGGAGACGUCCGGGUCCGAUUUCAGCGUUAAGAUCUCCUACAUUGAACUAUAUAACGAAGAACUCCGUGACCUUUUGGCGCCCGAUCUUCCUGUUUCAACAGGGAGUACGCAGCUGAUGUCCAAGGACACCUCCAAAAAUGCAGAUGCUGGUUUGAAAAUUUUCGAUGAUGCCAACAAGCGUGGUGUUUUCAUACAAGGUAUCGAAGAAAUACCUGUCAAAGAUUCCGCUGAUGCAUUGGCGGUCUUGACCAAGGGAAGUGACAGGCGCCAAGUAGCUGCAACGAAAUUCAAUGACCACUCUAGUCGGUCGCAUUCUAUUUUCUCUAUCACUGUUCACACCAAAGACAAUGGUGUCGUUGGCGAGGAUUUACUUAGGACCGGAAAACUGAACAUGGUUGAUUUGGCGGGGUCUGAAAACAUUGGACGGUCCGGGGCUCAGAAUGCGCGCGCCCGUGAGGCUGGAAUGAUCAACCAGAGCUUGUUGACAUUAGGACGUGUGAUAAACGCUCUGGUUGAUAAGGCGCAACACGUUCCCUACAGGGAAUCUAAACUUACGCGACUCCUUCAAGACUCGCUCGGAGGCCGCACAAAGACUUGUAUCAUUGCCACCGUCUCCCCCGCUCGUUCCAACAUCGAAGAGACGCUGUCGACCCUUGACUAUGCGAUGAGGGCCAAAUCUAUCCGCAACAAGCCUGAACUCAAUCAACGCAUGACGCGCAACUCCCUCCUAAAAGAGUACGUUGCAGAGAUUGAGCGUCUGAAAGCCGACGUCCUUGCUGCACGAGAAAAGAAUGGCAUAUUUUUCUCUGAAGAGACAUGGAAUCAAAUGACCGCUGAGCAGGAGCUGCGGGAGAGUGAGAUCCUCGAGGCGAGGAAGCAAGUGGAGAUUGUGGAGGGACAGAUGAAAGUCGUGCGAGAGGAGUUUGAAGAGAGCAUUGGAAGACUGAAGCUCAGAGAAGCCGAGUUGAAGGACACGAGGGAGCACCUAAGAUCUACUGAAAAGGUCCUGGAAGAGAAGAAGGCUGAACUUCUGUCAGUCAAAGGUGUGCUCGAAGAAGAACUUGUAGUUCGCCGAGCAUUCCAGACGACCGAAGGUAUGCUUGACACGGUUGCUGGAGGGUUGAAGGCCGUAGCUCACGAAAGCAUCGCCGAUGUUGGAAGUUUGUUCAACAAACUUGAACGUAAAGCUGAUGUCAUGGAUUCGAACGCGGAGGCUGUUGUGACACAUGGUAGAAGCAUCACAUCGGCGAUACAGCUUCUCUCGCGACACCUUGAUGAAUUCAUGUGCACUUCAUCCGCAAAUGUCAGUAAAUUGCGACAAGAAGCCAAACAAUUUGGAUCUUCCGAACUGUCAAACCUUGCGUUGUAUUCACAACGUAUCCACGAAUAUCUGAAACGAGUCCAAGAAUCGCUCAACGAUGUACGCGCCCAGGACGACUGCGAAGAUCAAGCGCUCACGGUUGUGAAGAAGACCAUGCAGGAGACGCACGAGACUUUCAAAGAUGGCUUUGGAUCAUGGGGUACAAGUCUAAGUUCCACUUGUGUACAGCUGUGCGCCAAAGUGGAGACCGCAGGGGUUAAUGCUUUCGACGGAGUGGAGAAUGCUUUGAAAGCGAUGGUCCAAUUAGUUGAGAGUAUCCUGAGUGAUGCCCUCCAGUUCAUUGAAGCAGAACGGGAAGGACUUUCUGCCGUGCAGUCUCUGGGUUCAAACGCUGCGAAUGCCGAGAUCCGGCGGUUGCGCGAGCAGAAUGAAGCCUUGACAAUAAUGAUCGAAAACGAGCGAAUUAGCGCGGACAAAUCAAAGAGCCAACUGGUCCAGCGGAUAUCUGGGUUGCUUGGGGAUUUUGUGAUGGAGAGGGAUAAGGGGCUCAGGGCAGCUGUAAAGGGCGUUCUGGUUGCAAAUGAAAAGGGCGCUGAAUCUAUGAAGGAAUUCAUAGCGAAGCAAAAUAGCGCUCUGAAUGAUAUGGAUAGCGAAGGUUCCAAAGUGGCGAUCACCCUGGAGAAGAGAAGCGGAGACGUCAAGCGCACAAGAGACGGUGCCCUCAAAAACCUACAUCAAGCUAAAGAGACUGUCACCACUGAGCUUUCUUCUCUGAAUACCAACGUUUCUGGAUCAAUAACGUCGUAUUCAAAUACGAUACAACAACAAACUCAGGACAUGAUACAGUCUUGUUCUACAAGUUUCGAACAACAUCAACGUGCCAAACGCGCUCGAAUCGAAAUGACUAAGGCUCUGGGCGUGGACGUUCAAUCCGAAUGUCGAUCACUUGACCGUGGUCUUGCAUCAACAUCUCGUAAUACCGAAUGCUUCGUGAGCCAGGUAUCGUCUAUGGCUUCCAGUCUCAAUAAUACGAUCACGAACUUGAAAGAUGCCGCAAAUUCACAAGUGUCUUCUUUGGACGGUGCAACGCGUUCCUUGGCAGAGGAAGGUGCCAAAGACGACGUGCCGACGGGAUCUACGCCUCGUGGAAAAAUAUGGGAAUAUGUCGACCACUGGGAGCUCACCAAAAGUCGCGAUGACUUGCUCAAGGCGUGGCGGCAGACGGGGCUCUCGUCUGUCGAUAGUGAGACCUUUUUGACGGAGCAUCUUCCUCUACCAGAGGAGGACGAUAUUGCUAUGGCGAUCGAGGAUACACUAUCGACGUCCUCUGUUCAAUCACCCAGUUCACCGGAGCCGCCGGUGUCGCUGGUUUCUUCUGCAUCUUCCGUGUCAUAUCCAACAAUACCACAACCAAUAAUGAAAGGGGACAUGAAGUAUUCUACAAAGAGCUCCAGAGCCAUAACGGGGACAUUGACGGAUGCUAGAAAUGUUUACACGACACGAGGAAGUAGACGACGAUGA